CGUCAACACCAUUGUACGAAAUACAUCAAAAUUGGUCUCUUCUGUGUGCGCACCUCCUUCAUUGCUCCUUAUCAAGUUCAACUCAUAACAACCCAGGCAGUUUUUUUUUACUUCAUUUCACAUCUGCAACACAGCUCAGAAGACAAAAUCUAGUGCGAAGCGACUACUAACACCAGCCAGGACGGCACGUACCGACGGUUCCCAUCCUGUAUAGUAAGAGACGUUGGCGCAAAGGCUGGACCAAAUUCUUAUCUGGAAGCACCCAAACAGUUUGAGUUAGACGUUAUUCUUCACCAAUUAUUCCUACUGUGCUUUGAGGGAACGUCCAAAUAAAAGAAACCAAAAUGAACGAAGGUGAGGGGAAUUUUUUUUCCCCCGUGAGCCUUUUCACCGUGGAGCAGCUAAAAAAUGGCGCCAUUAUCUUGUACAUCAUUGGGAUCAUUUAUGUUUGCUACGCGCUAGUCCUUGUGACAGCCAAAUUCUUCUUCCCAUCUGUUAUGGUUCUUUCUGAAAAGCUCCAUUUAAGUCCGGAUUUGACUGGAGCCACCAUUUUGGCGGUGGGGCGAUCCAUGCCUGAUCUUCUUGUUGCCAUAGUGCUCAUAUUUUUUGAUCCUAAUCCUGUGGACUUUGGAAGCGUCGUUGGCCCAGCAUGUUACAAGGUCGCGUUUAUCAUCGGUAUUUGUGCUCUAGUGACCGCAGAGCCGUUAAGGUUGAGAGGGUGGCCAUUAAUGCGAGAUUAUUUCUUCUACGCCAUUUGUGUGGUCUUGCUUGCGAUAUUUUUCGCAGAUGACACCAUCGCAUGGUUUGAACCAGUGAUACUUUUGAUUUGGUAUGGCCUUUAUAUCCUCUUUCUGGCCAUGAGUAAUAAAGUUGAAGAUCUUUUAAGAAGGACCUUCAAAAUGUCCCCGGCGACCCGAAAUGUUGUUUCGUCAAUAUCGGAUGUGGGCCAAGUCGAACUGGAUUCUAAGAGCAUGAAAAAUGGAAAAGACUACUCGGUGGAGCAAUCCUGGCAAAUGGAAAACGCAAAGCCCCUCCGGAUGUCGUUUCCUCAUGGAGAAGGAUGCUUCAAGAUCUUCGCUUAUCUGAUCUCCCUGCCGAUAAUGGGCCCCCUUUAUGUUACACUUCCGGAUCCUUACCAUCUCAGUAAGCGCAAGUUUUACCUUUUGACCUUCAUUGGAAGCAUCCUAUGGAUUGCUCUUCUGACCUACCUUCUUAUUUGGUGGAGUGUGGUCGUGAGUCAAGUAUUGGCCAUACCAGAUGCGGUUAUGGGCCUGCUUUUCCUGGCCGCGGGCACAUCCAUCCCCGAUAUUGUGACAAGUAUUUUGGUGGCGCGUCAUGGUCGAGGUGACAUGGUUUUCUCGGUGUCUAUGAGCUCCAAUAUAUUCUACAUCACGGUCCGGAUGUCCUUACCCUGGUUAUUCUUUGCCAUCUUUAGACAAGAGACGAUUCCCGUUUUAACCUCUGGCAUGGCUUGCUCAAUCACCCUUCUGGCCUUGGUCUUGAUCUUGGUGCUUGUGGCAGUACUUAUCUUCAGACGACGCAUGACCAAGCUGUUUGGAGUCAUAUUAAUAUUGAUAUAUAUUCUGUUUGUGAUGGUAUCGUUGGCAUUUGCGUUUGAUGCUAUCCAGUGUCCAUUUUAAUCCAAUAAAUUCUGUGUUCGCCGUUA